UGCCAGCCCCUGAGCAGACCCCAAUGGUAGAGGAGGGGCUACCACGGACAACACAGGAAACUUCCACAGGCCCAGGCAUGGAACCAGAGACUACUGCCACUACCAUUUUAGCUUCUGUCAAGGAACAGGAGCUCCAAUUUCAAAGACUUACCAGAGAACUGGAAGUGGAAAGGCAAAUUGUGGCUAAUCAGCUAGAAAGAUGUAGGCUUGGAGCAGAAUCACCAAGUGUCGCCAGCACAAGCUCUACUGAGAAGUCAUUUCCUUGGAGAUCGUCAGAUCCUCCGACCACCGGUGUAAGCAAACCCCAGGUGUCAGAGAGUGUUCAUACCAAUGCCUAUGACAUUAGGACAGAACCAGAACAAGGGAACCUCUACUCACCAGAGCAGACAUCUCUUCAUGAAAGGUCUGUAGGUAACUCAAGAAGUUCAACGCAAAUGAAUUCUUACUCUGAUAGUGGCUACCAGGAGGUCAGCAGUUUCCAUAACAGCCAAAACUUGAGCAAACCGGAAAACAGACAGCAGCAUUCCCUCGUUGGAACCACUGAUAACCAUUUGGCGAGAAGCUCGCGAGCUGAAGGGCAGACCUCAGUCCAGCCUUCAGUAAAUAUUUCUACCAACCGAGUCAUGAGACGAGUCAGUUCAGUCCCAUCCAGAGCACAGUCUCCCUCUUACAUGGUCAGCACAGGCGUUUCCCCGUCAAGGGGCUCGCUGCGAACGUCCCUGGGUAGCGGGUACGGUUCUCCGUCGGUGACCGAGCACAGAUCCCUCACUUCCCACGCGUAUUCAUCCACUACUCUGCCGGUGCAGCGUGCAGCAUCCCCGUACGCUGCCCAGAGACCAGCCUCCCCAACGGCUGUGCGGCGCAUCGCCUCCGUUACGUCCCGACAGACGGCCAACCCCAACGGCGGGACCUCCCAGUACCAGACAUCGGUCAGAGUUGGCUCUCCUCUGGCCCUUACUGACGUACAAACCAGAGUAGCUUCUCCAUCUCAGACUCAGCUGGGGUCUUCUUCCCCGAAGCGUUCUGGCAUGGCUGCGGUUCCACAGCAUUUGGGAACAACGCUGCAGAGAACAAGCCAUGAUGUCGAACAGUAUGGGCAGCAGUAUGACAUAUAUGAGAGAAUGGUCCCUCCACGUCCGGAUAGCCUUACAGGCCUGAGGAGUUCAUAUGCCAGUCAACACAGUCAACUAGGGCAGGAAUUACGAUCAGCUGUGUCUCCUGACUUGCACAUCACCCCUAUCUAUGAAGGCAGAACUUACUACAGCCCUGUGUACCGUAGCCCGAAUCAUGGAACGGUUGAGCUCCACCAGGGAUCCCAGUCAGCACUGUAUCGAACUGGGUCAGGAGUCGGAAACCUGCAGCGGUCAUCCAGCCAGCGGAGCACGCUCACGUACCAAAGGAACAAUUACGCUCUGAGCACGGCAGCCGCCUACGCGGAGCCCUACCGGCCGGUGCCGUACCGGCUGUCGGAGCCCGGCUACAGCAGGCUGCAGCACGCCGCGCCGGCCGACGACGGCACCACGCGGUCCCCGUCCAUAGACAGCAUUCAGAAGGACCCCAGGGAGUUUGCUUGGCGAGACCCGGAGCUGCCUGAAGUCAUUCACAUGCUGCAGCACCAGUUCCCGUCGGUGCAGGCGAACGCAGCCGCCUACCUCCAGCACCUGUGCUUCGGAGACAACAAAGUGAAAAUGGAGGUACUGUGCCGGCUGCACUUCCCUCCCCGGGGAAGCCAGGAAAGGAAAACCAGACCUUUCACCUCUUUGGGGCGUUUUCCAUCAUAA